GGGGUGGGCGGCGGCGGCCGGGCCGGCUCCAUCCUUCCCUCCUUCCAUCCCUCCCUCCUGCUCCCUCCUUCCCUCCUCGCCCGCCUCCCGGUGCCGGUGCUUGGGCGGGCGGAGCCGCGGCGACCGAUUGGCUCCGGGCAUCACAUGCGGCGGGGCCGGGCCGGGCCGGGCCAGGCUGGGCUGGGCUGGGCUGGGCACGGCGGAGCGCUCCCGCGGCCGGCACGGCAGCAGCGCGGCCCCUUCCAGCCCCACCGGCCUCCCCCCGCGGAAGGGACCCUGCCGGAGCCGCCGCCGCCCCGGGAUGGGGUCGGGCCGGAGAGACGGUACCUGUGCGGGGAGGUGAGCGGAGCCCCGGCGCCUUCCGCCCGGCCCCGGGCAGCCGCAGCAGCGGGGAAGAGGAAGGGCUGGAGGAAGGUAAAGGGAGAGACAUAUAUAUAUAUAUAUAUAUUUAACUCUAUCUAUAUAUUUCGCUACGAUCAAUCCCGAUCCCGCAACCGAAGCCCCCGGAGGGAGAAGUGCUGCGCGCUGUGAUGCGUCUUCCUCUCGCCUCGGCUGUCAGUUUGGGUUGUAGCGCCCGGCUCCGCGCACUGAGAGAAUGGCUCGGUUCGGGGAUGAUCUGCCAACCCGCUAUGGAGGCGGAGGGCCGGCCGGCGCUGGAAGAGGGAGCAGCCGGCAAGGUGGCCCCCAAGCCGGCCAAAGGAUGUAUAAGCAGUCGAUGGCUCAGAGGGCCAGGACUAUGGCUCUCUACAACCCCAUCCCUGUCAAACAGAACUGCUUCACAGUCAACAGAUCCCUCUUCAUCUUCAGUGAAGAUAAUGUUAUACGGAAAUAUGCCAAGAGAAUAACAGAAUGGCCUCCAUUUGAAUACAUGAUUUUAGCUACAAUCAUAGCCAACUGUAUUGUGCUGGCUCUGGAACAACAUUUGCCGGAUGGAGACAAGACACCUAUGUCAGAGAGAUUGGAUGACACUGAGCCAUACUUUAUUGGAAUAUUUUGUUUUGAAGCUGGUAUAAAAAUCAUCGCUCUGGGGUUUGUUUUUCAUAAAGGCUCUUACCUCCGAAAUGGUUGGAACGUGAUGGAUUUUGUUGUGGUCCUCACAGGUAUUCUAGCAACUGCUGGGACUGAUUUUGACCUGCGGACCCUGCGAGCCGUCCGAGUGUUGCGACCCCUGAAGCUUGUGUCUGGAAUUCCAAGCUUGCAGGUUGUCCUCAAGUCCAUCAUGAAGGCGAUGGUGCCCUUGCUUCAGAUCGGGCUGCUCCUCUUCUUUGCCAUUGUGAUGUUUGCCAUCAUCGGGCUGGAGUUUUACAUGGGGAAGUUCCAUAAAACCUGCUUCUCUAACGAGACGGGUGAUGAGGUGGGAGAUUUCCCUUGUGGAGAGGAGCCACCUGCCAGGCAGUGUGAGAGUGGGACCACCUGCAGGGAGUACUGGCAAGGGCCCAACUACGGCAUCACCAACUUUGACAAUAUCCUCUUCGCUGUGCUCACUGUCUUCCAGUGCAUCACCAUGGAGGGAUGGACCGACAUCCUUUACAAUACAAACGAUGCUGCAGGAAAUACCUGGAACUGGCUUUACUUCAUCCCUCUCAUCAUCAUUGGCUCUUUCUUCAUGCUCAACUUGGUGCUGGGCGUCUUAUCAGGUGAAUUUGCCAAAGAACGAGAGAGGGUAGAAAAUCGUCGAGCUUUCCUGAAACUCCGCAGGCAGCAGCAAAUUGAACGGGAACUGAAUGGAUACUUGGAGUGGAUCUUCAAAGCAGAGGAGGUCAUGCUGGCAGAGGAAGACAAGAAUGCAGAAGAGAAAUCUCCUCUGGAUGGGAGGGCCGCCUCGGAAGGGCCGAUUCAACAAGGCACCGCACCGGCAGAGACUAGCAGCGGCAGCAGCUACAACAUGUUGAAAAGAGCUGCAAUAAAGAAGAGCAAAAAUGACCUGAUUCAUGCUGAAGAAGGUGAGGACCAUUUCACAGACAUUUGCUCCGUUGGGUCUCCUUUUGCCCGUGCCAGUUUGAAGAGUGGCAAGAACGAGAGCUCAUCCUACUUCAGGAGGAAAGAGAAGAUGUUCCGGUUCUUCAUCCGACGCAUGGUGAAAGCUCAGAGCUUCUACUGGGUCGUCCUCUGCGUGGUCGCCCUCAACACACUCUGCGUUGCGAUGGUGCACUAUGACCAGCCAGAGAAGCUCACCACUGCUCUGUAUUUUGCAGAGUUUGUUUUUCUGGGUCUGUUCCUUACUGAGAUGUCUUUGAAGAUGUAUGGACUGGGGCCAAGGAAUUACUUCCACUCUUCAUUCAACUGCUUUGACUUUGGGGUCAUCGUGGGAAGUAUAUUUGAAGUCAUUUGGGCUGCAGUGAAACCAGGUACCUCAUUUGGCAUCAGUGUCCUGAGAGCACUUCGACUGCUGAGGAUAUUCAAAGUAACAAAGUACUGGAAUUCCCUGAGGAACCUGGUGGUCUCCUUGCUGAACUCCAUGAAGUCCAUCAUCAGUUUGCUCUUCCUGCUUUUCCUCUUCAUUGUGGUGUUUGCUUUGCUGGGGAUGCAGCUCUUCGGAGGACAAUUCAAUUUCCAAGAUGAAACACCAACCACGAAUUUUGAUACCUUCCCUGCCGCCAUCCUCACAGUAUUCCAGAUCCUGACAGGGGAAGACUGGAAUGCUGUGAUGUACCAUGGAAUAGAGUCACAGGGCGGCGUCCGCGCAGGAAUGUUCUCCUCCAUCUACUUCAUCGUCCUGACGUUGUUUGGUAACUAUACGCUCCUGAACGUCUUCUUGGCUAUUGCUGUGGACAAUCUGGCAAAUGCCCAAGAGCUGACCAAGGAUGAGGAGGAGAUGGAGGAAGCCACCAAUCAAAAGCUCGCCCUGCAAAAGGCCAAAGAGGUGGCAGAAGUCAGCCCCAUGUCUGCAGCCAACAUCUCCAUAGCUGCUUUUGUAAAGCAAACUCGAGGUACUGUAUCUCGCAGCUCGUCAGUCUCCAGCGUAAAUUCACCCAAGCAGCAGAACUCCUCCAAAUCCAAAUCUGUUUGGGAGCAGAGGACCAGCCAGAUCCGGAUGCACAAUUUCCGAGCCAGCUGCGAGGCACUGUACAAUGAGCUGGAUCCAGAGGAGCGGGUGCGUUAUGCCACCACCCUUCACAUCAGGCCAGACAUGAAGACUCAUUUGGAUCGGCCGCUGGUGGUAGAGCCAAGGAGCGAAGGGAGGAACAACAUCAGCAAGCUGAGUCCUGUGGAUGUACAGGAGGUGGAGCAGACCAAAGUCAGCUCCAGUGAUGGGGCAGAAGCUCCACGAAAGCACCACCGACACCGGGAUAAGGACAAACUGGGAGAGCAAGAGAAGGGUGAUGUGACCAAGGAUGACAAUGGGGAAUCUGGUGUCAAUAAUAAGGAGGAGCGGCACAGGCAGCACCGGAGCCGCAGCAAGGAGGUGGAAGGGGGAAGUAAGGAAGGGAAAAGUGAUCGGAACCGGGGUCCGGAAGGGGGAAAGAGGCACCAUCGCCGCGGUUCGGUGGAAGAAGGUGGUGAGAAGGAGCACCGCAGGCACCGGCCUCACCGGCACUCUGCUGAACGGCAAGGCAAGGAAGGCAAUGGGACAAUCAAUGGGGCCAGGAGCGAGCGGCGUUCCCGACACCGGGGAGGGUCGAGGUCUGGGAACCGGGAAGGGGAGCCCGGGUCCAAGGGCGAGAACGGAGAAGAGCCUCACAGACGGCACAGGUUCAGGAACAGGGCGCUGUCAACCUACGAUUCGGUGGAGAAGGAGAACGGGGAGAAGGAGGGGGAGGCUGGUGAGAAGGAGCACCGGAACCAUCAGCCCAAGGAGAAUAAGUGUGAGAUCGAGGCUAGUGGAAGUGUGAGUGUCCCUGUGCACACCCUUCCCAGCACCUACCUGCAGAAGGUGCCGGAGCAGCCGGAAGAUGCUGACAACCAGAAGAAUGUGACACGGAUGAUUCAGCCACCGCUGGAUAAAACCACCACUGUGAACAUCCCUGUCACCAUCACUGCCCCGCCAGGGGAAACCACUGUCAUACCAAUGAACAAUGUUGAAUUUGAAAGUAAAACGGAGGAGAAGAAAGACGUCGAUGACUUGACGAAAAAUGGGCCUAAACCAAUCUUGCCUUACAGUUCCAUGUUUAUCCUAAGUCCUACAAAUCCGAUUCGGCGUCUGUUCCACUACAUCGUCAACCUGCGCUAUUUUGAGAUGGUCAUUCUCAUAGUUAUAGCCCUCAGCAGUAUUGCCCUGGCUGCAGAAGACCCUGUCCAAGCCGAGUCACCAAGGAAUGAUGCUUUGAAAUACUUGGAUUAUAUAUUUACGGGUGUCUUUACCUUUGAGAUGGUGAUCAAGAUGAUUGACUUAGGGCUGUUACUCCAUCCUGGCUCCUACUUCCGUGACCUGUGGAAUAUCCUGGACUUCAUUGUGGUCAGUGGGGCCUUGGUGGCAUUUGCCUUCUCGAGUUUCAUGGGAGGAACCAAAGGCAAGGACAUCAACACAAUCAAGUCACUGCGAGUUCUGCGGGUCCUAAGACCACUGAAGACCAUUAAACGGCUGCCAAAACUAAAGGCUGUCUUUGACUGUGUGGUGAAUUCCCUGAAGAAUGUCCUCAAUAUCCUCAUUGUUUACAUGCUCUUCAUGUUCAUUUUUGCUGUCAUUGCUGUGCAGCUCUUCAAAGGUAGAUUCUUCUACUGCACUGAUGAGUCAAAGGAGCUGGAGAAGGAUUGCAGGGGUCAGUACCUCGAUUAUGAAAAAAAUGAGGUAGAGGCACAGCCCAGGGAAUGGAAAAAAUAUGAGUUCCACUAUGACAACGUGCUCUGGGCUCUGCUCACACUCUUCACUGUCUCCACAGGCGAAGGGUGGCCAACUGUGCUGAAGCACUCGGUGGAUGCCACCUACGAGGAACAGGGCCCCAGCCCUGGCUACCGAAUGGAAAUGUCCAUCUUUUACGUGGUGUAUUUUGUUGUCUUCCCUUUUUUCUUUGUGAACAUCUUUGUGGCGUUAAUCAUCAUCACCUUCCAAGAGCAAGGAGAUAAAGUGAUGUCAGAGUGCAGCCUUGAGAAAAAUGAGAGGGCCUGCAUAGACUUCGCCAUAAGUGCCAAGCCACUGACCCGCUACAUGCCUCAGAACAAGCAAUCUUUUCAGUACAAGAUGUGGAAAUUUGUGGUGUCCCCUCCCUUUGAGUAUUUUAUCAUGGUCAUGAUUGCACUCAAUACCAUUGUCCUCAUGAUGAAGUUCUAUGAUGCUCCAGAAGCAUAUGAAGAAAUGUUGAAAUGCCUGAAUAUUGUGUUUACAUCCAUGUUUUCAAUGGAAUGUGUGCUGAAGAUCAUUGCCUUUGAUGUACUGAAUUAUUUCCGAGAUGCCUGGAAUGUCUUUGAUUUUGUAACAGUGUUGGGAAGUAUUACUGAUAUUUUAGUAACAGAGAUUGCGGACACGGACAACUUCAUCAACCUCAGCUUCCUGCGGCUCUUCAGGGCAGCCAGACUUAUCAAGCUCCUCCGGCAGGGUUACACAAUCCGCAUCUUGCUCUGGACAUUUGUGCAGUCAUUUAAGGCCUUGCCUUAUGUGUGUCUCCUCAUUGCAAUGCUCUUCUUCAUCUAUGCCAUCAUUGGCAUGCAGGUAUUUGGGAACAUUGCUCUGGAUGAUGAAACCUCCAUUAAUAGGCACAAUAAUUUCCGUACCUUCCUCCAAGCCCUGAUGCUUCUGUUCAGGAGUGCCACGGGGGAAGCCUGGCACGAGAUCAUGCUGUCGUGCCUGAGCAACAGAGCCUGUGACCCACUUUCUGGCCUCACCAAAAAUGAAUGCGGUAGCGACUUUGCCUAUUUCUACUUUGUGUCGUUCAUCUUCCUCUGCUCCUUCCUGAUGUUAAACCUGUUUGUGGCUGUGAUCAUGGACAACUUUGAAUACCUAACGAGAGACUCCUCCAUCCUUGGGCCCCAUCAUUUGGAUGAGUUUGUUCGCGUCUGGGCUGAAUAUGACCCAGCUGCCUGCGGGCGCAUCAGUUACACAGACAUGUAUGAGAUGCUGAGACACAUGUCCCCACCUCUAGGCCUUGGAAAGAAAUGCCCAGCUCGUGUUGCCUAUAAGCGCCUAGUGCGGAUGAACAUGCCAAUCUCACCUGAAGAUUUAACCGUCCACUUCACGUCCACACUGAUGGCCCUGAUCCGCACUGCCCUGGAAAUCAAGCUCGCCUCAGGGGGUGUUAAGCAGCACCAGUGUGAUGCAGAGUUGAGGAAGGAGAUCUCGCUGGUUUGGCCCAACCUGUCCCAGAAGACUCUGGAUUUGCUGGUGCCUCCUCAUAAACCUGAUGAGAUGACCGUGGGGAAGGUCUACGCAGCGCUGAUGAUAUUCGACUUCUACAAGCAGAAUAAGAACAGCAGGGAACAAGUCCACCAGCCGCCUGGAGGCCUGUGUCAGCCUGGACCGGUGUCACUCUUCCACCCCCUGAAGGCCACUUUGGAGCAAACCCAACCUGCAGCAUUCAGCAACGCAAAGGCUUUCCUUCGUCAGAAGAGCUCAGCCUCACUCAACAAUGGGGGUGCCUUGCCAGCCCCAGAGGGUGGGAUCAAAGAGUCUAGUUCUUGGGGAACCCAACGCACCCAGGAUGUGUUUUAUGAAACCAGGACACCAGCUUUUGAACGAGGCCACUCAGAAGAAAUCCCCAUUGAACGGGUGGUAGAAAUGAGGGAAAUUAGCCCCACACUUGCCAAUGGAGAGCACCAACCAGGCCUGGAGAGCCAGGGGCGGGCAGCUUCCAUGCCGCGCCUGGCUGCUGAAACUCAGCCCAUCCCGGACACAAGCCCCAUGAAGCGCUCUGUCUCCACGCUGACCCCGCAGCGUCCUCACCCCAUGCACCUCUACGAGUACUCCUUGGAGCGCAUGCCACCGGAGCAAGUGCAUCACCACCACCACCACCGCUGCCACCGGCGGAAAGAGAAGAAGCAGAAGUCCUUGGACAGGUCCCCCCAUCAGCUGGCCGAUGGACAAGCUGUGGCCCAGUCUGCGGAGUCUUCUUCCAAGGACAAGAAGCAGGAACGCGGCCGGUCCCAAGAGAGGAAGCAGCACUCUUCCUCCUCCUCUGAAAAGCAGCGCUUCUACUCCUGUGACCGCUACGGCAGCCGGGAUCGUUCUCAGCCCAAGUCUACUGAUCAGAGCAGGCCCACCUCACCCAACGGAGGGCCAGAGCAAGGUCCACACAGACAGGGCAGUGGUUCAGUUAAUGGGAGCCCCUUGCUGUCGACAUCUGGUGCUAGUACCCCAUGCCGGGGUCGGAGGCAGCUCCCACAGACUCCACUCACCCCACGCCCCAGCAUCACUUACAAGACCGCUAACUCCUCGCCCGUGCACUUCACCACUUUCCAACCUGUCCUGCCCACCUUCUCCCCGGGACGCUUGAGCCGCGGCUUGUCCGAGCACAACGCGCUGCUGCGGGGAGACCAGCAGCCGCCGGUGGUGGCCCGCAUCGGCUCCGACCCCUACCUGGGCCACCGCGACGACGCCGACAGCCCCUACCAUGCGGUGCCAGAGGACACGCUCACCUUCGAGGAGGCUGUGGCCACCAACUCGGGACGGUCCUCAAGGACUUCUUACGUCUCCUCUUUGACCUCCCAAUCUCACCAAAUCCGCAGGGUGCCCAACGGUUACCAUUACACGCUGGGUCUCAACACAGGCCCCGGGACUGGCACCAGAGGACGUAGCUACUACCACGAAGCUGAUGAGGAUGACUGGUGCUAGUGGCGUGGCAAAACCCUUCCAAGUGUGCGUAUUUAAAAUCGAUGAGUUUUAUCAUCUGGAAGGCUGUGCGCUCCGAUGCGCACGGUGCCCGGGGCCAAGGGGGCCCAUGAGGUAGCCCCCACUGCAAGAACUGCUCUGCCCCCGAGUCUGGAGACACUCCUGCAGCCUCUCUCCUCAAUUUUUCUUUAAUUUUACUUUUUUUUCUUUUCCUCUUUAUUUUUGUUUUUCACUAGACAAAUGGAGGCAGAAGGCUCCCUCCUUAGGGGGAAGGCAGUGUGGGGAGCACAUCUCUCUCCCCCUCUCGCCUUCUUACUGCCUUGUCUAGUUCAGAGACACGCACCAGAUGCCAAAACUACAAUGCACGAGAGAAGCCAAUAGAAGAGCGGUCGUCACCUUCCAUGUCGGAAAAGCAGACAGUUGAUCCUUCCUGAGAUUGGCACUGGUUUUUGUUGGGCUGUUUCUUACUUGAUUUCUCAUUCUAUUUUUGCCCCUGGUCAGGGUGGGAGUUGGGGAGUUGCAAACGGACACAACACAUGAACAAAGCUCAUAUCCGCGGUUUAUCCCGCUCACUGCUAAGAAGGAAGAGAUCUACCCAUGAAACUGGGAGAGGAGAAACACAGACCAGAACAAAGGACAGUCCACUGGGACUUGAUGUUCAGCCACAGCAAUCCUUGUCGGCAGAGCCAGUGCCACGCUUCAGAGCUGCCCGAGCGUUCCGGCAGCCGGGACUCUGCUCCGACACCGCUGCCAUGUGGAUCUCUUUUACUUCACUCACCACGUUGGGUCCUUCACACUGACACAUGAUAAAGCCACAAGAGAGCUACUUUGUAAGGACUGUUUCCUUGCUGCUGAGACUUCUCUUUCCGUCCCUCUCUCCUGUUGACCGCAACACGCCCUCACUGUUUUGUCUUGUUUACAAUAUAAGCUUGAUUUAGCAAAAAAAAAAAAAAAAAAACCAACUAAAAAAAGACAAACCCAGACAAAAAAAGAGGAAAAAGGUUAGGGAUGAGAAGAAGAAAAUGUUAUUGGUUUUAUAUCAAGCUAUUAGAUAGAACUUUAAAUUUUCAUUGUGUGCAUUUUUGUAAAUUGUACAGUAAAAAAGGAAAAAAAAAAGAAAAAAAGAAAAAUAAUUACUCUUUAUGUAGAGAAUUAGUCCAAUUGUCAUUCCAGGUCCCACUGUUUCUACCGAAUGCUCCAGUUGUUCACUACUAAGUGCCUAACCUUUGAAAUCUUUCACAGCGACGAUGCAACCUCUCGCUUCGAUGCAUCAGCCCUUGGGCGAGCGUGGGGAGGAGCAGGAGGGGAGGGAGGGCAGGACCCGGGGGUCCCGCAGCGUGAUGCUGGGUAUCCCAGUACCAGGUUGGAAGCUUACAGUGGGGAAGGCAAACAUGCUUUGGGGUUGGCUUAGGUUUUGUUGGCCUUUUUAUUUCUUCUUCUUUUUUAUAUAUCUAUAUAUACUUUUAUGGGUGGGAGGGGAGUGGUUGCAGCAAACCCGGCCUUUUCUCAUUGACCAGUGUUUAGGUCCUGCGGGAGAGAUGCAGGUGGAAAAGUACAGCAUCUGCAGAGAAGCUCUUCUCUUGCAGAAGCAGCGUCCUUCACACUGCGUGUCAAGUCGCAGUCGGGCUGCGAGAGCUCUGGCCAUGUUCCAUGGUGCAUAACUUGUGUUGAGGGCAGUUGGAGAGAGUCUUGGGUUUAUUGCCUGUUAAGAGAAGGUUAAAAUAAUAAUAAUAUAAAGCAAAACCUCUAACUCUGAUUCUCAGGGAUGAGAUUUCUGUGUUCUCACAAUGACUCUUGUGUUGGAUGUUUUCUUUCUUUUGUGCACAUGUGGAUUUCUGCACUUUGAGCCUUGGGAAAGGGGCGAACAUGAUGUGCUGGUGGGGAGGGAGCACUGAAGGAAAAGCCUGGGCAGGACCUUGUGUCCAUGGGUCUGAUGAACCAUUGUAGGGCUAAUUUGGGGCACAGGGACCUGUAAUUUGCUGACAAAAGGUUGAAGGAGAAUGGGUGGGAGGUGCCAGAUGAGCACACCACUAAAAAUAAUAAGAAAAAGGAGAGGGUUGGACAGAUGAUUUUAUUCAGAGGAUCUACCAAGGCCCAGAACUGUGAAACUACUUAGGACCGGUGUUGAUCCUGCUGGACCCUGGGGAUUCCUUUUGUAUCUGGGGUGGUUGGGUGGUAUGGGAUGCUACCACAAUGCUCUCAUGCUCUCAGCAAGUGUUUCAGCCUCAAGCAGUCUGCUGUAGGGUGGUUCUUCACAUCUCCUGUAGCUCUUCUGUUGAGGAAAUUCAACCUGGUUUUGUUUCCUUCUGUGGUUUUCUGUUUUGUUUUGUUCCGUUACUAAUUAAUAAUCUCUGGCUAAUCUCAUCCCUGGAUUCUGCUAAAGGGUAACUCCUGUCUAUAUCUCUGUCUCUGUAUUUGUGUGCACUUUGAAUAAAGGAAGUGCAAUAGCCAGAGGGCUGCCGUGGGUAACAGCUGUGAUUUGCAAACGGAGGGCUAUGCAACAAGAUGACACGUUCAGAAACACAUCCAAACCACCAACAGUCUGAAAGACCUUCAUCCAUUCUGUAGCUUUAUCUGCUGGAUUUUCCUGUUUCAGGCUUCAGCAUGAUUGUGACCAAAUGUUUUAUACAUUUUCCUUAUAAGAAGGCACAAACACUUUAUUUGGGAUUUUAAUGAAAAUGUUCCUAUUUUACUCCAGGAAGUAAAGGAGAGGGAAACCACAAUCUCUCUGCCAGUGCAUGCAAACAUUGUACCCAAACCGGAAAGCAAAAGAGGUGUCUUUCUGUAUGGAAUAACUUUGUCUUUCCCCUUCCUCUACCAUUUUAGACACUCGCACCCCCAGUCCUACACUAACACACCAUCUGGAAGUGCACAGCCAAAACCCAUGGCCUUGGGUCACUCCAGUUCUUAGGUAGAACAUGAAGAAGGACCUCAAGUUGUCCAAUCCUCCACCUGCCUCGUAGGGGUCGAUGCCAGUGACAGACAAGCCUGACCACAGUUGUUCAUAACCCUUUUCCCCCCUUUUUUUACAGCCUCUCUGCUGUCUCUUCAAUGCAUACAUGAUAUUUCCAAGAAUCCUCAUAGUGAGUUGCCAAACUUGAAUUGCACCAAUCAGUUUUCUGCAUCCAGAAACCAGUCUCGUAGUGGCUGUACUUUGACUAAGUAAUGUUUGCAUGUAAAAUAUAUACAUAUAUACAUAUCUAUAAAAAGUAUGUGCAUGGAAAA